AUGGAAGUGUUGGGAAAUCAACCAUUGGUCAUUGAUAAUGGUAGUGGACUGAUGAAGGCAGGAUUUGCAGGUGGAGAAACACCUCAAGUCGUGUUUCCUUCUUUUGUGGGAAUUACAAAACAUACACGUAUGAUGCCUGGUGGUGCGUAUGAAGGUGGUGACGUCUUUGUAGGCAAUCGUGUCCAACAUCAUCGUGGAUUGUUUAAGAUUCAGUAUGCUAUGGAGCACGGUAUUGUGACAGAUUGGAAUAGUAUGCAUCGUGUAUGGCAGCACGUAUAUUCAAAGGAUAUGCUUAAUGUUCAGAGUGAAGACCAUCCCGUGUUGCUUACAGAAGCACCGUUAAAUCCCGUGGCUAAUCGCCAACGUGCGGGCGAAGUCUUUUUUGAGGCAUUUAAUGUGCCAUCACUAUUUGUAUCACCUCAGGCAGUACUGAGUCUAUAUGCUUCAGGACGUACAACGGGUGUAGUACUGGACGUAGGUGAUGGAGUAGCACAUGUCGUGCCGGUCUACGAAGGCUUUACGCUACCUCACGCCAUCACUCGGAUGGAUAUUGCAGGACGAGACGUUACCCAACACUUGCAAAUGCUACUGCGUCGCGCAGGUUAUAAUUUCCAAACAUCAGCAGAGAAGGAGGUGGUACGAGAGAUUAAGGAAAAGCUGUGCUAUGUGGCCUUUAACCCCACUAAGGAAGAGCAAAUUGAAGCUGAGAAGUCUCCUCAUGAAGUCAAAGAUAUGCUUAGCGCCAAGUCAAAUCCUGCUAGCGCAUCGGGAGACGGUACUUCAGCCUACUACCUACCGGACGGCACGGUGCUCAACAUGGGUCCUGAGAAAUUUCGAGCUCCAGAGGUGCUGUUUCGACCGGAGAUUAUUGGAUCGGAGGCACGUGGGGUGCACGAAUGUUUGGUGCAAGCCAUUAUGAAGUCGGAUCUGGACCUGCGUAAGACGCUCUUUUCGCAAAUCAUCCUUUCCGGUGGUUCGACGCUUUUCCCUGGCUUUGGCGACCGUCUACUCGCCGAGGUGCGCAAGAAAGCACCUAGAGACAUCAAAAUCCGUAUUUCGGCACCGCCCACGCGCAUUUACUCCACAUGGAUUGGUGGCUCCAUUUUGGCUUCGCUUGCAACUUUCAAGAACAUGUGGAUCACUAAGAGCGAAUACGAGGAGUAUGGAGCUUCCAUCCUCCAUCGCAAGAACUUGUAG